AUCCUUUCUGACGUUUACCAUUCUUCGCUGCACAAUUCAAUUUCGUUUAUUCUCUAAUUAUGAGCCGCUUGGCCUCUUUUCGUGGACCCUCUACACCAACAUCAUCCCCAGUACAGGCAAGGCAACCUAGUUCUCCUUCCUCUCCCUCGCGAGUGGCAGAAUCAACCUACCAUCGUAAAACACGGUCGAUUCUUCAGGAAGUACGCACAGUCACAGAGAAUUGGGAUGACAUCGUCUUGGUCGAUGGUCUGAAAGCGGCAAAGAGUCUUGUGGAUGCACGAACAGAUUUGGAUAAUGAAUUGUCCACACUACCUGCAGGAAAACAGCCUCCGUAUCCUUUGGUAGAGCCUAAACUGUCCCUUAUGGAGAAGAGAAUAUCAGAGCUUGAUACUGUCAUUGCGAAACUGAAGAAGCAAUUCCAAAGGCUGAACAACUUAAUCGAGAGUCUCGAAAAUCUCCUCCAUGAGACAAGCAAGGCGAGGGGUUGGACCGCUGUACAAGAGCCUUUAUGGGUAACGUGGUCAUUGGAGAAGUUCGCCUCAACGCUUCCUGAUAUCCUUAUCCCCUACCACCGUUCACUUCAAAUGCACAUUGAACUGGUCGAUCUACUUCGCAGUCACUCAGUCAAAUUUGAAGCCUCCCGUGAAGCAAUCAACAAAUGGGUCACUCAACCAUUCCUUCAGGAAGACGGAUGGGAAGCGCAAUGGGAAGACCUCUGCGAAGCAGAAAUCGAUCGAUGGGAGUAGCAAAUGAAACGGCAAUAAUGACAUGGUACAAAAAAAGCAGCAACAAAUAUUACAAUCAUAGAUCCUCCUCGUCCGAGAUCUGGAUCUCGUCCUCAUUCUUUUGCGCUGCAACAGCAACGGUUGGUGCUUCCUCCAGUCGGACAUUCACACUCUGCUUCGCAGCGACGAAUGCCGGACCCUUCGCCCCACCUGCAGCUUGUCUCUCAGCUGCCGCCAUGGCAUCUGCAGGUGCCUCUUCCUCAGCCUCCAUCGAACCUUCCUUGGAAGCCAUCUGUGCAGCAAGGUAUGACGCUUCGGUAUUGAACUGUGCUUGCACACUUCGCUUGAUACGAAGCAUUUCUCUGAAGGUGUCUUCGGAUCCAGUCUCGAUCUCGAAGUUGUGCCAUUCUUGCCAGAAGUUGGGGUUGACACGAGGAUCGCAGAAUUGGGAUGCGUGUGCGUAAAUUGCCCGUGCACGGUCGAUUUCGCCCAGUUUGCGUUCCAUGGAGGCGAAGCGCAGGCACAUCUCGGCGGUUUGUCUAUCGGGAAGGAUCUCAAGUGCACGUUCAUAUAUGGGCCGGGUCGCGGGAAGACCAUAGUUUUCGGUGGCUUUCGCGAUAUAGACGGUGAAGAGCUGGAUGAAAAUGUAGAUAAAUCAUAGGAGUGGACACACAUAAUACAGAUUGACAUACCGCGAACUUGUCUUCAUCUGCGA